CCACAUGCUCCGUGCCUCAGCUGCCGACUGAUCAGCCACAGACAGCCCGGUGUUACAUCCUCACAGACACAUGACGCAUUUUCCAUCACUGGUAUAAAAGCGCAGCGUCAUUCUCAGUCAGCAGCCGACACUCGCAGUUCCCUCUUUCUCUGCUGCCGGACCAGCAGUCCGCUAUGCGCUCUCCAAGGAGCCACGGUGUGACGCGCACAGGGCUCUCCAUCAAGUAACGGAAGCUCUCCAAAACACUUCUUGUCUUAUUACUAUUAUUAGUUAUUUUACCAACAAUGGAAGGCGCAAACAACACGACAGCCUGGUCUCAGUUUGAAAACUCUUCCAACAAAACACCCAAACUUGAAGACGAGGAGGUGAAGCUGAGUUACCAAGUGGGCACGUCCUUUCUGCUCGGCGCGCUCAUUCUGUGCGCAAUAUUUGGAAAUGCGUGCGUGGUUGCGGCCAUCGCCUUGGAGCGGUCUCUCCAGAAUGUGGCCAACUACCUGAUCGGAUCUCUUGCUGUCACGGACCUGAUGGUGUCGGUGUUGGUGCUGCCCAUGGCGGCGCUUUACCAGGUGUUAAACCGCUGGACUCUCGGGCAGAUCCCGUGCGACAUAUUCAUCUCUCUGGAUGUGCUGUGCUGCACGUCGUCCAUCCUGCACCUGUGCGCCAUCGCUCUGGACAGGUACUGGGCGAUAACGGAGCCCAUCGAGUACAUGAAGAAGAGGACGCCGAGAAGAGCCGCCGUCCUCAUCGGCGUCACCUGGCUGGUCGGGUUCUCCAUCUCGGUGCCGCCGAUGUUGAUCAUGCGCUCCCAGCCCGGCAGCAUGGCAGAGGACAGGGCCAAUCCCAAGCAGUGUAAGAUCAGGCAAGACCCCUGGUACACUAUAUACUCUACUUUUGGGGCUUUUUACAUCCCGCUGACGCUAAUGCUGGUUUUAUACGGACGGAUUUUCAAAGCUGCCAGGUUUCGGAUCAGGAGAACUGUGCGUAAAACGGAGAAAAAGAAAGUGGCCGACUCUUGCCUUGCGUUGUCCCCCGCGCUGUUCCACAAAAAGACUCCCGGAGACGCGCAGGGCAAAAGCUGGAAAAGGAGCGUGGAGCCCCGGCCGCUGGCGAGCGUCAACGGCGCGGUGAAACACGCGGAGGACGGCGAGUCCCUGGAGAUCAUCGAAGUGCACAGUAGCACCAGAGGCAACCUGCCGCUGCCCAACACCCCCAGCGCGGUGCCGCUGUUCGAGAGCCGGCACGAGAAGGCGACGGAGGCGAAGAGGAAGAUCGCGAUGGCCCGGGAGCGCAAAACGGUGAAGACCCUGGGCAUCAUCAUGGGGACCUUCAUUCUCUGCUGGCUGCCCUUCUUCAUCGUCGCCCUCGUCAUGCCUUUUUGCCAGGAGUCGUGCUACAUGCCCCGGUGGCUGGAGGAUGUCAUUAACUGGCUGGGCUACUCCAACUCUUUACUCAACCCCAUCAUUUACGCGUACUUCAACAAAGACUUUCAGAGCGCGUUCAAGAAAAUAAUCAAGUGUCAUUUCUGCAGACCGUGACGGGCCAUCAGCCCAUAAAUAAAAAAAAAACAACCAACAGCCUUUAAAAUGCGGCACAAAGAGAUUGUUCUGAAAACAGAAUGAUGCUAUGAAACUGAAGAGGGCUCAUAAUGAUUCCACUGUUCCAUCUGAUCAUCGCCGCCGUUAUCAGUGUGCAACCCCCCCCCCCCCCAGAUGUCUGUAGCCUAUGCAUAGAUAAAGCUGUGAUCGUUUUUGAUUCAAGCUCCAUGUUCCUCAUCCUGCUCUGUAAUGUUCAAUAAAGAAGUCCCUUUUU